AUGAGAGCCUUGGAAGACUACGAGCCUUUGAACUUUGACUUCCCGAAUGAAGACCUAAUGUGUGUUGCUACCACUGAAGAAGAUGACCCGGAAGAGCUUCCUUGGAAACUAAACUUUGAUGGGGCAUCAAAUGCUGUGGGUAAUGGAAUCGGGGCAGUCUUGGUAUCCCAAAGAGGAAAUCAUUAUCCAUUCACUAGUAAAUUGGAUUUUGAUUAUACGAAUAACAUGGCGAAAUACGAAGCGUGCAUCAUGGGUAUCCGUGCAGCCAUAGAAUGUAAAAUUAAAGUGCUAGAGGUGUAUGGGAAUUCUGCGCUAGUGAUUUAUCAAUUCAAGGGAGAAUGGGAGACCAGAGACCCCAAGUUGAUCGAUUAUCGGAAACUGGUCCUUGAAUUGGUCAAAGAGUUUGAUGACAUUUCCUUCUGUUACUUAUCACGAGAUGAAAAUCAGAUGGCCAAUGCUUUGGCCACCUUAGCUUCCAUGAUUAAGGUGAACAAAUAA